CACAACGUAAAACGAUCUGAACCUCCAUACAAGGUUGUCACGGCAAAUCAAAUCUGUAGAAGCGUUGGAUGUGGUGGGAAAGUUAAUAGUCCGGGUAACAAACUGAAAUCCUAAAAAAAUACAAGAAAACAAAAAUGGAAGAUCCAACGUCAUAAAUCACCUGAUCACCGCACUAUACUUGUCGCUCCCACAUCCUCUGUGAAGGGCUUCCUACCUCAACCUCGGUGCAAGUGUUUAUAUACAUCAUCAACCGCUCCUCACUUUUUUUCGGCUUCAAAUUUAUUUGUGUAAAGCAUUUGUUAUUUCCACAUAUUUCAAAAUCUUUACCUUUUCUUCAAUUCUUUUUUUUUAUAUCUCAAUUCAAUAUUUAAAUAAUUAACGCAUUUGGCCUCAUUGGGGUGAUUCCGGGAUGCAAACCGAUUUUGAUAUCGAAGGGCUAAGCCUCAUCGAUGUUUCGUCCGAAGACGAUUGCCUCCUCUCUCAAUCCUCAGUUCUAUCGGCAUUUGCUGUUUUUUCACUAUAACGGAUUCAGUUUGGCCUUCUGAAAGCAAUUUCUUGUUAACAUUAGAGAACGGGAUUAAAACCAAAACUGUUUGGUUUUCUUUGGAUCUCGACAAUGUAGAAAUCUCAUCAGGCUUUCUUGAAGAAGCUGGAGAGUUAGAGCAACCACCAGGUUCUUUGGAACAAGACGAGUUGAGAAAAAAUGGAAAAUAUAAUUUACGCAAAAGUUUAACAUGGGAUAAUGCUUUCUUUGCUAGUGCAGGUUUUCUCGAACCGGAGGAGUUGUCUAGCAUGUUGGGAGGCAGUGAGAAAGGUGAAAUAAGUAUAUUUCCCGGGAUCCAAGAGGAUGUAAACAGAUCUUUUGAUUCAUUAACGAUGUUGGAUACUGAAAUUUUGACUUUGGAAAAUUCUGAUGCUGAUUUGUUUGAGGAUAUAAGAGCUUCAAUCCAGAAAUUUAACAAAAUUUCCAACACAGCAAAUUCCAUUGCCAGAAAGGAAUUGGAAACAACAGAUUCUGAAAGUGUAUCAUCUUCAAAGAAGGUAGCAUUUAUCACUCAAGAUAAGAUGAAGCAGAAAGCAGCUCCAAAGAGGCCAAACAUUGGUGUGAAAGAUACUGGGAAAACAAUGAAGCAGCCUCUUUCUAAAAGUGGAGAAUCAACUUCUUCUCUUCAUAACCUGCCAAUGGGACUAAGCCAGUUUGCUCCCAUUUCCACAACGUCAACCAGAAGGCUCUCCUUGGAUGCUAAGAUUGUUAAAAUGGAAAAGAAUCCAAAAAGUGUGGCUGGUAGAGGCACCACUGUAUUAAAGACUCGUGGUUUGGGUGGUUCAAGACAUAUUGUGCCUCAGUCUACCCUAUCUACCAAAUCUUCUUCCUGCUUCCCAGCCUCUAGCAAAGCAGAGCUGAUAAACUAUUGUACCUUGCUUGAAAGUAGUGCCAGUGUUUAAUCUGAGGGAA